GAACAGCUCUUCACCCUCUCCUUGCCAGACAGCAGUGUUUUGCUCCCUUCGUAUCGCUGUAGUUUUCUGACAAAUGCCUCUGCUGUCCAACAUGACACCACGGUGCAAAGGACAUGUGUGGGGCUAAGCGAGCGACACCGCCUUCCCAGUGCUGGUCCAAGCACGCGACAUCGUUAAGCCACCUUUGCUGUGGCCAAAAACGCGCCCCUCUGGACCCAGUAACACAUGCACAGCACAGUCAGAGGCAGGACUGAGAUGCUCCUGCUUUAUUUGUGAGGGGAGUCCCGAGACCUCAGUGACACAGACUCAGAGAACAUCUUAGAACCAAGGGGUCCCCUCCUUCCUGUUUUGCAGCAGGCGUCCCCAGAGCAGGCUUUACCACGGAAUCAAGAGAGCAUGUGAGAACCAGGAUGGAUCUGCUGCAACAGAGGUGUGCUGGGCGCUUGCUCUGCAGGCUGAUCCUCCUUGAGUCUGUGGUGACCUUGGCCUUGAUGCUCUACGCACUGCUGUGGGAAGCCGGCAACCUGGUUGACCUCCCUGACAAACGCAUUGGCUUUUACAACUUCUCCCUGUGGAAUGAGACAGCUGGGGAGCUGCAGUGCCUGGACUACGAGCAUUUGCAGGUGAUGGGCAUCAGCCUACCAGGAAUGGUGCUAGCCACGAUUUGUGUGUAUGGCUGCCUGGUCUUCAGUACCUUCUACACCAUUUGUGUUGCUUAUGUGGAGUGCACAGAGGACAGAGAGGGCUGGAAGGUGAUCCGCAUCAUGCCCACCAUCAAGACAAUAAUCCUGUCUGGUGGCCUGGGUACGUUUCUUUUCCAAACCUGGCACUGGAUUCACCUCUCUGACUUCACUGGGGGCUUCCUGGCACUGCUUGGGACUCAGGCUCUGCUACUGCUCCAAAUUCUCACUGUCACUAAGUGCCUCAGCUGGGUGGGCACGGCCACUUUACACGCACGGCUCGCUAACGACUGUUCUCUGACCGUCGUGGACAGCUUGACCGGGUGGGCUGGUUACACUAUAUGCGCGGCUUGUACCGAGCCCGCGGGGCGCCUCCCGCGGCUGCUCACCCCAGAGCGGGCUGCGCCGUAA